AUGUUUGUUAGCGAGGCAUGGACCAAAGUGUUUGAGGCCUCGAGGGUGACCAACCUUCCGAGAGUCUCUUCGGACCACGGCCCGAUCCUCGCAAGGUGCAAGUUGACGGGUCCUACCAUAAGGGGUAGUGCCUUCCGGUUCCAAAACAUGUGGAUCCGACACGAAGGCUUUAAGAAGAUUGUGCAAGAUGCUUGGGAGCAACCAACCGGGGCGAUCGGGUUACUAAAUCUCCAAAUCAAGUUGGUCAGAAGUAAAAAAGCCUUAAAGGCCUGGAAUAAAGAGACCUUUGGGAGCAUAGAUGCUAACCUCAAGCGAAUGGAAGAAGAGAUUGCGAAGGCCCAAGCAAACUUUGAAGCCGAUCCAUCGCCCCAGAACAGAACCGAGAUUAACAAGAACAUUGCCGAAUACAUCCUCCUACAUAAGAUGGAGGAGGACUUCUGGAGGCAAAAGGCGGCCUUGAGGUGGCUCGCGGAGGGAGACAGAAACUCCAGAUUCUAUCAAAGCUGGGUGAAACAGAAGAGGGUUAGGCUGCGAAUCCACUCCAUUUGUGCAAAUGGUCAGAAGAUCACGGAUGAAGCUGAAAUUAGAAAUUCGGCGGUUGAAUUCUUCCAAGGUCUCCUUGCACCGGGGCAUGGCUUGGGAUACUGA